GGAUAGAGCUCUGUCCUCCCGGGCACCGCUUCAUGAUCACCAUGGUGGCGAGCUUCAUCGAGAUGGCAGGGCAGUUCCUCAUGCCAGGGAAAGACAACAUCAUCUCCUAA